AAUGCCUUUCCCAGUAGCUUCGUCUCGACAUUUCAGUGUUCCUGGUGCUGCACCGACCGAUGGAACUUGUCGUCUCCUCGCGCGCGCGGUCGCGAUCAAGAAAUCUAAACUUAGAGAAAUACCGGUAGAUCGGCGAGAUCAAGUUCAACGAUCGACGAGCUGAUCGAUCGCGUGAUCGGUUAAUCGCAUCGUCGAUCCGAAAUUGCUACCAAUCAUGAUCAGACUCGCGAUUCUCAUCCUUGCGAUUAAUCUGGCGAAUGGCCAGCUCAACUACGAGGGAAACCCGUUCACGGAAUACACCGAGUACAUUGCCGAAGAGAGCAAUCUUUCUGAAAAGUCUGCCAGGAAGAAUGACGCCUCAUUCGAUCUCUCGAACUCCGAAAUAUCAUCGUCUUCCCAGAAGCUGUAUCCGAUCGUAGAGUCUGAAAUAGACAAGCGUCUACAAGUGACUGAACCGGAUAAUCUUCUCACAGAGAAAUCGCAAAAACAAACUUCCUUUUCGGUCCAGGCCUAUCGAUCGAACGACACGGGUGUGCCUUCUGCUCGGCAAUUACAGAUUUCUUCUGAUCAAAAUUCAGCAGAGAUCGCGUUGAACACGUUCCUGAACUCCAAAACACCCGAAGAGUCCCGCUUGUCUCUCGAGCACUAUCUCCGCAGCCAACACUCCCCGAACGCUCAAUCCCGAUCCUCGAACGUAAUCAUCAGUCAGAAUAAAAAAGCGAUCGAACCAACGCUCGAUGCUCAACGCUCAUUGAACUCCCAAGUCGCACAACAACAGUCAUUGAUGGGUCCUCAGGUAAAUCAGCAACUGACGUCGCAAGUAAAUCAGGGACAGCUGACGUCGCAGGAUCAGCUGAUACCGCAAAAUCAGAUGGUAUCGCAAAACCAGCUGGUGCCGCAAAACCAGUUGGUGCCGCAAAACCAGCUGGUGCCGCAAAACCAGCUUGUGUCGCAGGGCCAACUGUUACCGCCCACCGGACAGGUUUACGACUACGUGGGACAACCGCCUCCAAUUCAGCCGGUAAUCAGAGCACCUGCGGGAGUCAUUAUGGGACAGGGAAUGAUACAGCCAGUACCGUUUAUGCCCGGUUUUCACACCAGGAACGAUAUGAUAACGCCAACGAUGUGGCGAGAGAGGAUGAGGAGAAUUCGCGGGCAGCCGUUCCCUUUUGCGCAACCUAGACUGGCACCAGGAUUGUAUAAAGGAGCGAUCGCAGUUCCCUUCAAGCACAAGGCUCCGAUCGAGGUGAUUUACACGAAGCCACCGGGUCUUCAUCGAGGUCCGCCUAUCAUCAGUAAUCCACCGAUUCCUUACGAGGAUGCGAGCGCCUGGUUCCCCGACACCGAUCAUCCGCCGUCUCACAAGGAUAUCUACUAUUCGCAGCUGUAUGCGCAGUCCUACGAUCCUCAUUAUUACAAUUACAUUGCCACGACCGGGAAGAUACGACCGUAUCUCUACGGCAAAUUAGGUAAGCGUGAAGAGGAGAAGGACGAUGGCAUCUGGUCGGAAUUGUAUCGCGGCUUUACGAAGCACGGUCUGAAGAACAUCAUGACGCCGACUUUCUUGUUGAGCAUGACGUUACCAGUCGUGACUCUAAUGCUCUCCGCCCUCGUGCAAAAACGAUCUCUCGGGCGAUCGGACGGGGCGAGGGAGUUGGACCAGGACGCUCUACAAGAAUAUCUCGAGAGGUUGCAGAGGGCGAUGGAGUGUUACGCCCGUAGGACCUCGCAAGACACGAAAUUAGACGGAUGUUAGAAUUAAAAAUGCAUUCUAAUGCUGAAGGAGCCGUUGGACGGAAUGAUGGCGCGACUUAAACGAGAUAAAAUAAUCCGGUCUAAUGUCAAUGUUGAUAAGAGUUGGAUUAAUUAUUUAAUUAUUUUAAAUAAAAAACGAGGGUAAUAAUCUUAAAUUAUUUUAAUAUUCAAACAGAAUGUAGUAUGUCAUAGUGAAUGUAAUAAUCUUUGAUUACUCUUUUAUUACGAAUAAGACUAUUUAUUAUCGACAUUGAUACUAAGACCGGACAAUUUUUUCGCAUAAUAUUACUGUGUUUCUGUUUCAUUCGACGGCUCGAAUGUGGCCAUUUGAUUCUAAGAUUUAUUUAUGAAAAUCUAUCCUAUUAAAAUAAAAAUCGAAUAGCCACAUUUUGCAAUAAAUAUAUGGUGAGAGUAUGGAUUAUUGGUGCUUAAAUCGCAAUAAAGAAAAUUAAUAUCGCGCGUGCUUUGUGAAGGUAAAAUUCUUUUAAGCGGCCAUGCUGACUAACAGGUGUGAUAGUUGCAGCCUAUCAUUUUCUGAUACGUCACAUCUAGAUAUUAUUAGAAACAAUUUAUGAGAGAUUGCCGUUCAAUUCUUAAUAUCAUGAAUUUCUAGAAGUUGCAUAGAAACAUAAUUUAUAUGUGUCAAAGACAUCUUGAAAUGGUAAGAGUUUGUAAAUGACAGUGCGAGAGAUAAGGAAUUAAUUAUGUUACUAAAUUAUAAGGUACAAGUCAUAUAAAAUGUAAAAUGUAAAAAUGCAUUUAAAAUCAAUAAUUUUAUAAGCGAAGAAAAAGGAUUCGUACAAACAAAUUUAAUUUCUAUCCAAAGGAACGAUCUUGUUUCCGAUAAUUCGCGCGGAAAAUACAUUGUUUUUUUCCGCACGAAUUAUACUACACUCUCGCGAACACAGGCCUAAUGAUACGCACAAUGUAUUAUUAGUAUUAUAAGAGCGGCGUCUCUCUUCUGUCUGUCGCAAGUCGUUGCUAAAGAAAAAAAAACUGCUAAAACAAUUCUUCGAUACUUGCACAAUACUGCGCAGCUUAAAUUUAGGAGAAUUAAAUAUCACAAGGCAAGUCUCUCAAAGAUUUGCAUGAAUAUAUCGUGUAUAUACAUGCAUAUAACGUAUAUAUGUAAAAAUAUAAUAUAUAUAUUGACGUUUAACUAAA